CAUCUGACAAGGCAGCGGCUGCUCCCCGAGACGAAGGGAAGAGUGAAAAAGGGGAAGUUUUUGUACACAACUGAUGAAAUUAGAGCACUCCAAACAUGAUCCACAGUUUCUUUAUCAUAAAUAAUUCCGGGGAUGUGUUUAUGGAAAAGCACUGGAAAAGUGUCAUCAACAAAUCAAUAUGUGACUAUUUUUUCGAAGCACAGGGAAAGGCUGUGUCCCCAGAGGAUGUCCCACCAGUCAUACCCACACCACAUCACUAUCUCAUCAACAUUUACAGAAACCAGUUGUAUUAUUUAGCAGUAGUAACAACAGAGGUUCCCCCACUGUUUGUGAUCGAGUUCCUCCACAGAGUCGUGGACACGAUGGAGGAUUACUUUAACGAGAGCACAGAAAGCUCCAUCAAAGAGAACUAUGUCAUUGUGUACGAGCUGCUGGAUGAGAUGUUAGACAAUGGUUUCCCAUUGGCUGUUGAGUCAAAUAUCCUUAAAGAAUUGAUCAAGCCACCAAAUCUGCUGCGGACCAUUGCGGAGACUGUCACUGGCAAAUCUACAAGUGUAAGUGGCAGUCUCCCCACUGGUCAGCUGUCCAACGUCCCCUGGAGACGAACAGGUGUGAAGUACGCCAACAACGAAGCUUACUUUGACGUCAUAGAAGAAAUAGACGCCAUCAUAGAUAAAUCUGGUUCUACGGUCUUUGGGGAAAUACAGGGAUAUAUUGAUUGUUUGAUCAAGCUGAGUGGAAUGCCAGACCUGACACUGUCCUUCAUGAACCCCCGCCUGUUAGAUGAUGUCAGUUUUCAUCCGUGUGUCAGAUUCAAGAGAUGGGAGAGUGAGAGAGUGUUGUCAUUUGUCCCUCCUGAUGGAAACUUCCGACUGAUAUCAUACCACAUAGGAUCUCAAAAUUUAGUUGCAAUACCUGUGUACAUCCGUCACAACAUAUCAUUCCGUGAAGGGGGAGGAGGAAGGUUUGACAUCACGGUGGGGCCAAAACAGACCAUGGGAAAGACGCUGGAGCAAGUUGUUAUUGAAGUUCCCUUUCCCAAAUGUGUGCUGAAUGUGACCUUGACCCCAACUCAGGGCAAGUACUCAUUUGACCCUGUGGGAAAGGUCAUGACCUGGGAUGUGGGGAGAAUAGACCCCACCAAGCUGCCGAGUUUAAGAGGAAUGAUCAGCUUACAGACUGGAGCAGCACCCCCAGAGGCUAACCCUCCCAUCUCGAUUCAUUUCACUAUCAGCCAGAUGGCUGUGUCAGGCAUCAAAGUGAACAGACUGGACAUGUACGGGGAGAAAUACAAACCGUUCAAAGGGGUGAAGUACGUGACGAAGGCUGGCAGGUUCCAGGUGCGAACGUGAUCAUAUGCGCAGAGAUGAGGCACAGCAGAGUGAUGCAGUUUGUCCUACAAAGGCAGUAGUGGUGCAAAACGAAACAACACACACACAAAAGCUCAAAACAAACAAAUUAAUAAAUACGUUGUCAUAGUUUCUCUUGUCUGUCAUCAAAUGUUUCUCCAAUCCAAUCACAUGAGAUAAUCUGUAAUUAAGUAUGGAAGGUUUGUAUUGUUCACCAGUGGCCAGUUGUUCAAAAGGAUGAAGCCCUUUUUUUGCCCGAGCAUUUCAGUCAAAAUAUAAAUUGAAGCAUAUAGGCUCACCCAUGCCUAAGGUGGAGAUUAGAACCCCUGAUUACCAUUUGUGAAAAAAAAAAAUAGCAAGAAUUACCUCUAGACAGUUUGAAUAUUUGAAAGGUUUGUCUGUCUGCAAGGCCA